AUGCAGGAGAGCUUGACCUGGCUCAGAGGACCCUUCCCCAACUCGCCCCAGACUCACCCCUGGCCAGGACAGGCUUGGGGCUUCCCCGUUGCCGGAGAGUACUCCCCCAGUUACAAGAGGCGGCGCACUGUGGAGGAUUUCAACAAGUUCUGUACCUUUGUCUUGGCCUACGCCGGCUACAUCCCUUAUCCAAAGGAGGAGCCCCCUUUGAGGAGCAGCCCGAGCCCUGCCAACAGCACAGCCGGCACCAUCGACAGCGACAGCUGGGACGCCGGCUUCGCCGACCUGCCCUCGGCGGUGUCCCUGCCCGUCGCUGACCGCUGCUUCGGCCACUUGCAGCCCUCUCUCCUGCAGCGAGCCAAGCCGAGCAACUUCCUUCUGGACAGAAAGAAGACGGACAAGCUGAAGAAGAAGAAGAAGCGUAAGCGUAGGGACGCCGACCUGCCGGGGGAGGAGGAGUACAUGGGGGGCCUGCUGAAGCUGGAGCCCGGCGACGCGUACGCCGAGAGGACCGCGGCCAGCCCCGGCCUGCAGGACCUCCCCGCGGCCAGCAGCGACCCCUGCUCCGGCUGGGACUCCGACACCCGCUCCAGCGGCUCCUGCGCGGCGGCCACUCCUGACGAGGUGCAGGAGAUCCAGACCGAAGGCAAACGGACUGUCAUACGGCAGGGCAAGCAGGUGGUGUUCCGGGACGAAGACAGCACCGGGAAUGACGAGGACAUCAUGGUGGACUCGGAUGACGACUCCUGGGACCUCGUCACCUGCUUCUGCAUGAAGCCCUUCGCGGGCCGGCCCAUGAUCGAAUGUAACGAGUGCCACACCUGGAUCCACCUGUCCUGCGCCAAGAUCCGCAAGUCCAACGUCCCCGAAGUGUUUGUGUGCCAAAAGUGCCGGGACUCCAAGUUCGACAUCCGCCGCUCCAACCGCUCUCGCAUGGGCUCCCGGAAGCUCUUUCUGGACUGA